AUGAUGGGGAGACCACCUUGCUGUGACAAAAUUGGUGUUAAGAAAGGACCUUGGACACCAGAAGAGGAUAUAGUUUUGGUAUCUUACAUUCAAGAACAUGGACCUGGGAAUUGGAGAUCUGUUCCCAAUAGUACAGGUUUGAUGAGAUGUAGUAAAAGUUGCAGACUUAGAUGGACUAAUUAUCUUAGACCAGGAAUCAAACGAGGUAAUUUCAAUGAUCAUGAAGAAAAAAUGAUAAUCCACCUGCAAGCACUUUUGGGAAACAGAUGGGCUGCCAUAGCUUCCUAUCUUCCACAGAGGACAGACAAUGACAUAAAAAACUACUGGAACACACAUUUGAAGAAAAAGCUAAAGAACAUCCAAACAGGGAAUAACAAUAACAACAAUGAAGAAGAAGGAAACUCUUCUUCUCCACAGGUAAAAGGCCAAUGGGAAAGAAGGCUUCAAACAGAUAUCCAUACAGCAAAACAAGCUUUAUGUGAUGCACUUUCCCUUGACAAAUCAUUAUCAACACCUCUUUUACCCGAAACCCAAACCACAACACGGUUCCCUUAUGCAUCCAACACUGAAAACAUAGCUAAAUUGCUUGAAAAAUGGAUGAAAAAACCUACAGGAUCAAGUUCUAGUGAAGGUGCAAAGAGUAGUGUUGCAUCAGCAUGCAUGCAAAAAGAUCAACCAGGUUUUGACUCUUUGUUGAGCUUUAAUUCUGAUUGUUCUCAAUCUGUGGUUGAAGAAAGUAACAACUUGACUAUGGAUUCUUGCUUCUAUCAAUAUGAAAUUAAGCCAAAUCAAGAAACUCAAGUUCCUCUCAUGUUCUUGGAGAAGUGGCUUUUUGAUGAUGGAGCUGCUCAGUGCAAUGAAGAUAUAAUGAACAUGUCUUUGCAGGAAAAUACAUCAGGGCUGUUUUAG